UGAACCAGGACCUCAUCGGCACCUUUAUGUCCAGAUCUCAUUCUGUUGAUUCGAAGGAUAUCAAUCAGAAGCAAUUGAAGAUAUAUAAGAAGAAGUUUGACAGUGAUAAAUUCAUGAAAGAAAGCAUUUUUGGAACUCCAGAGUCCGACCUAGAACCUAACUAUCUCAAGUCAAAUUCCAAAGAAAGUGCAACCAAGAUACGCAAAUUUGCUAGAGAAGUAAUAAAUCCUAACACAAAACAAAUUGGAUUUAGUUCUUCAAAGCCAGCUUCAAAAAGUAAGCUGCAUAAAUGGACUCACUCAGACCUUGACUCGUCAUCAGGAACAAAAUCAAAACUAAAAGUCACUGGUGAUUUUGGCCAAGGCCAAAAUCACAAGGGAUUUGAAAGCAUUCAGAAGCAGCAAGAACAGGGUUUAAACUUGAUUUCGAUAGUAGAUGUACUGAAUAAGCCGACAUUGACGACAAUGAAGUUUUCAACAUAUCCGAAGAUAUAAGUCUUCCAGUGGAGCUUAGGAAGUGAGUGGAAGAAACAAGAAACUUUAACCAAUUCGACUUGAAAAGAAAUAACUCAGAAAGUAAAUAUUGUAAAAGAAGUGAGGUUGUCUCUUCUCAAGAAAGAAUCACAAAGGGCGAUAUGGCUUAUAUUCUUAAUUUACAAAGUAAAUUGAGUAAGCUUAAAGGAAGAAUUGUGCCUAUUGAGAGACCAAAAAUGCUUUUGAACAUCUAUAAAACUUUUACGAAAGAAAAUAUGUCAAAACACAAGGCCAAUAAAAAGAAUCCUUCAAAGAAUAUUUUUAAAGACAAUAUGAAAGAUUUUGUGCAGAACAAACUUACUAAAGUUCAGAAGAAACUGUUCCAGACUAAAUUUGAUCAAUGGAAGUCACCUUAUUGUCAAAUUAAGGACGACCAGAACAUUCUUCUGAAAACAAUGCAAUCUUUUAAAAAGAAACAGAAGCGUUCAUUUAGCCAUAAACCAAGGAAUAGGUCCAGAAAAGCCAAUACUACUGCCGAAAGGCUCUCGAACGCCUCUGUACUCCAUCCGAUUUCCUUAUAAAAUCCCAGCAUUCUCAAACUUUUGAUAAGCUAAAAAAGCCCCAGACUGCUCAAACUGCUACAUUCUCAAACUUCAGAACAUCCUCCAAGAACUCCAGACCCCUCCACCCAAACCUCAACCCCCACAUCAACAUCACCACCCAAACAAACCCUGAUCCUCUCACACACCACUAAUUUAUUGUGGAAUGAUUGUGGAUAGAGAGAUGAUGGAAAUGUGCAUGAAGAGAGAAAUAUAGUAGAUGUAUUCUUUUUUGAGGAUAUGGAGUAUAUGGUUGAUUAAGUCAACUACAAUCCAAAUAUUAUACUAAUUUUCAUAUGUAGAGUGAAAAUAAGUUGUCGUUGGAUUAGGAAUACUAAGAGCUUAUGGAGACUAACGCUUGAGAGCUGUUCUAUUGAAGAUUAGGAACUUAUUAUUAACAAAGAACUAAUUUCAAAGAACGGCUUGGGCAGUAAAAGUACAUUUUUAGAAACUAAUCUC